AUGAUUGACUUUAGCAUCAGCAUGCCUUUCAUGUACUUGCUAUUUGACAUUUUACUGGAAUUGUUGAAUUAUUCAUCCUCUGAACAGUUCACAAAAGAAAUUAACAUGAAAAAACUUCGAGUAGAUCUUCAAACCAAGUUAUUCGAGGCACUAUUGUUGAGCUUGAACAAAUUCCAUGAGUUUUGCGGUAACAGUACAAGAGGCAACCGAUUCUUCUCGAGUUAUAUCAAAUUUAUUUUCAAUUUUGAAUCUUUACAUUGUGAAUUGAUGAAAGUAUUUAUACAAUAUUUGACGUCCAAUAGAGAAGCUACCGAGGAAAAACAUCCGACUCUUGCAGAUACUCUUGAACGAAAAGAUCAUGUACAAGAUUGGAAAGUAUUUGUUGGACAUCUUUUGAAAUUAGAGUUUGAUGAAAGAUAUCAACCAAGAGAAAAUCGAGAACGUAUCACUUCCAUAAUUUUCACAAGUCUUGUAGACACCUUCUUCAAUAAGGGAGAAGAAUUGUUACUUAAACUCAAACAGUUCAAUGAGAUUAACGUUAUUUUGAGUACUCUUCUGUUAUGGACAAUGAGAAAUUACAACAGAGAUGCGCUCAUUCGAUGGUGGAGAGAUAAAACGUUGCACUGCUCUAAUGAAUUGAACGAUUUGAGCAUUGUUUUUUACAUGCUCAAGUUUAUGAAGAAUAUUGUAUUAGCGUUCAGAGGGGUUUCGAAAGAACACGAGCAACAAUCAAAGAAGAUUGAUUUUGUCAGCAAGUCCUAUCAAGUUGUCGUCUAUAUUUUGAAUGCUCUUUUUAUUGGAAAAGAUGGAUCCAUGAUGAACCUUUUAAUCUCUCUAUUUCAUGGAUUGUCUGACACAGCGGCCGAUGGGGAUUAUGUGGAUGCAUUGCUCUACAAACUUAUUCAGCUCAUUCGCCACAUUACAAUCCACUCAUUGUUAAGACACGAUGGUAACACUUGCUUUUUGGUUGUGAAAUCAUUAGUCACUGACUUGGUGACUCACUGCAAAAAAUUGAUCAGUGUGCAUGAGAUUGAGAAUGCUCGAGAUUUAUCUAUGAAAUUUUGA